AGCAAAGCUAAUUUCAGAUGUUAUUCAUGUUUCAUUCAAGGAUCAUGAGCGCGCGUUUUUUGACUCUGCUGAUUGGGCAUUAGGCAAGCAAAAAGGACAAAAGCCUAAAGGGCCUUUGGAAGCUCUCCGACCAAAACUGCAGCCAACCCCGCACCAGCAACCAAGAGCAAGACGGAUGGCUUUAUCUUCAGGCGACAACACUGAAGACGCUGAGGCUGACAACAACGAACCUCUCGAUGACCAAGCUAGCGCAUCAGCUGCUGACAACGCCAAGGAUGAUGGAGGAGGCAUCGAUGCUGCUGACGCCGCGAAAGACAACGUCAAGUCAUGAACAAAAACAUAUCACAAGUCAAUUUUACAGAAGAAUAAGCGACCAGGUUUGCUGCUAUGCAAACGGUCGUAGUAAUAUCGAGUCUCUCUCCCUCUCUCUUUACAUUAUAUUCCAUACAUACUUGGGCACCAGCAAAUCUGUAUCACACCAUACAAAACCUAGUAGUUGUUUGAAACGUCUAUUUGACGAUUUGCAAAAUGGUUUGCUUUUUAAUGAUCCAUCAAA